CGGAGGACUCGGCGCCGCGUUUGAGGCGGCGGUGGCGGCGCUGGGUUUGAGGUGACAGCGGCGGCGCUGGAUGCGAGGUGACAGCCGCCGCACGCCUGCGAGGUCAGAGCUGCGCGAUCAGAUCGGCGAGCCGCGCUCCGAGCCGAGCCGCCUGCCGCUGCCCCAGCCAUGCUGCCCCGCCGGGCAAAGCAGCCCCCUGGAGCUUCCCCCCGAGCCGCGGCGAGGCUGCGGGAGCCGGCCAGAGCCAGCCAGCCCGGGGACUGCCGGCUGCCAGCGCUGCUCGUGGAUCCCGACAGGACGAGCUCGCACAUGAUCUCCGCGGACGAUGCCGAGUACCCGCGCGAGUACCGCACCCUGGGCAACGGCACCCGGCGCUUCUCCAACGUGGGGCUGGUGCACACCUCGGAGCGCCGGCACACCGUGAUCGCCGCCCAGAGCCUGGAGGCGCUCACCGGCCUCCAGAAGACGGAGAUGGAGCGCAAGCGGGACGCCUUCAUGGACCACCUGAAGAGCAAAUACCCGCAGCACGCCCUGGCGCUGCGCGGGCAGCAGGAGCGCCUGCGGGACCAGCAACCCAACUACUGGAGCUUUAAGACCAGGAGCUCCCGGCACUCCCAGGGCUCCCAGCCUGGCCUGGCCGACCAAGCCAAGCUCUCCUUCGCCUCGGCCGAAUCCCUGGAGACCAUGUCGGAGGCGGAGCUGCCGCUGGCCUUCAACAGGAUGAACCGGUUCCGCCAGAGCCUGCCCCUGUCCCGCUCGGCCAGCCAGACCAAGCUGCGCUCCCCAGGGGUGCUGUUCCUGCAGUUUGGGGACGAGACGCGGCGGGUGCACAUCACGCACGAGAUCAGCAGCAUGGACACCCUGCACGCCCUCAUCGUGCACAUGUUCCCGCAGAAGCUCACCAUGGGCAUGCUCAAGUCCCCCAACACCGCCAUCCUCAUCAAGGACGAGUCCCGAAACGUCUUCUACGAGCUGGAGGAUGUCCGAGACAUCCAGGACAGAAGCAUCAUUAAAAUCUACCGGAAAGAGCCGCUCUAUGCCUCGUUCCCAGCCUCACACAUCACCAACGGCGACCUGAGGCGGGACAUGGUCUACACCUCCCGGGAAUCCUCUCCCACCCGCCGGCUCAACAACAUCUCCCCAGCCUCCCACCUGGCCUCCGGCUCGCCGCCGCCCGUGCUGCAGUCCUCGUCGCCGUCGCGCUCCCGCAUGUCCUACAGCGGCGGCCGCCCGCCCUCGUACGCCGGCAGCCCCGUCCACCACGGCGAGCGCCUGUCCAGCCUGCCCCCCGCCCAGGGCGUGUCCCCCAGCCCCAGCGCCAUCCUGGAGCGCCGCGACGUCAAACCGGACGAGGACCUGGCGGGCAAGAACGUGGUGCUGGUGAAGAACGAGGGGCUCUACGCCGAUCCCUACGGGAUGGUGCACGAGGGCCGGCUCAGCAUCACCUCCACGCAGUCGCUGGCGGGCAUGGGGGACCCCUUUGGCUACUCGGGGGGGCUCUACAAGCGGGGCUCAGUGCGGUCACUCAGCACCUACUCGGCGGCCGCGCUGCAGACGGAGCUGGAGGACAGUUUGUACAAGCCCAACGCGCCCAUCUACAGCGACACCUACGGCCCCGGGCUGGGCUUCCGCAUGCCGCCCUCAUCCCCGCAGAAGAUGGUGGAGCCCGGGCAGAGCCCGCACAGCCCCUACUCAGGCCCGCCUAGCCGCUCCUCGCCUGUCCGUCAGUCCUUCCGCAAGGAUUCCUGCUCCUCCGUCUUCAUGGACAGCCCCGUGGGCAAAACGCGCAACCCCAGCUCGUCCGGGCCCCCCGAGCUGUUCCCCGGCCCCGGGGAGCGGCCGCUCUCGGGCUUCGGAUCGCCCGGACCGGCCAAGGACACCGAGACCAGGGAGCGGAUGGAGGCCAUGGAGAAGCAGAUCGCCAGCCUGACGGGGCUGGUGCAGAGCGCGCUGCUCCGCGGCUCCGAGGCCGAGACCCCCAGCGAGAAGACAGAAGCCACCAACGGCGGGACCCCCCCGUCAGCGUCCACCAGCCGCAGUGGCAUGGGCACCCCGGUGCCCGCGCCGCCACCGCCCUCAGCCACCAGCACCCCGGCGGGGCAGCCCACGGCCAUCACCCGCCUGCACAUGCAGCUGCACCUGCACGACCUGCAGCAGAACGCCAGCGACCUCCGCAACCAGCUGCAGCAGCUCAAGAAGCUGCAGCUGCAGAACCAGGAGGCGGUGAAGUCGCUGCUGCGGCGCACGGAGACGGAGCUGAGCGUGCGGGUGACGGACACGAUGCGCAAGCACGAGGACCCGCUGCAGCGCCAGCGCAGCUUGGUGGAGGAGGAGCGGCUGCGCUACCUCAACGAGGAGGAGCUCAUCAGCCAGCAGCUCAACGACCUGGAGAAGUCCGUGGAGAAGAUCCAGAAGGAUCUGGCCCACAACCACCGGCUGAUCCCGGCGCAGGAGCUGGAGGAAAAGGCCGUGGUGCUCAAGCAGCUGGGGGAGACCCUGACGGACCUGAAGGCCCAGUUCCCCAGCCUGCAGAGCAAGAUGCGGGUGGUGCUGCGGGUGGAGGUGGAGGCCGUCAAGUUCCUCAAGGAGGAGCCCAACCGCCUGGACGGGCUCCUCAAGCGCUGCAAGAGCGUCACCGACACGCUGGCCCAGAUCCGCAGACAAGUGGACGAGGGCGUGUGGAGCUCGCCCAGCAGCCUGAGCCAGUCGCCCAAGAAGGUGGCCCCGGAGACGGAUUUCGGCAAGGGGCUGGAGCUGGAGAUGCCCACCAGCCCUCCCGUGAGCCUGCACCACCUGACGGGCACCCCCGAGCCCCUGGGCUUCGCCCCCCAGCCCCAGAGCCACCCCGGCAAGAGCAAUAACCCCUCGCGAGCCCCGGAGAUGGUGCCCGCCAAGACGCAGACGGGGCCCGAGACCCCCAGCAAGAAGAGCGUGGACAAAGCCGUGUCCGUGGAGGCGGCCGAGCGCGACUGGGAGGAGAAGCGGGCGGCGCUCACCCAGUACAGCGCCAAGGACAUCAACCGGCUCCUGGAGGAGACCCAGGCCGAGCUCAUGAAGGCCAUCCCCGACCUGGAAUUCGCCGCCAAGCACAAACAAACCCCGGGCAGCGGCAGCGCCGCCUCCACGCCCGAGCACAAACCCUCCAAGGCACAGCACACCCCCAAAUCGGGGGGCAAAGGGGACCCCAACGGCCGCCGGGGCUCAGACGAGCUGACGGUGCCGCGGUACCGCACCGAGAAACCCUCCAAGUCGCCGCCGCCUCCCCCGCCCCGCCGCAGCUUCCCCUCGUCGCACGGGCUGACCACGACCCGCAGCGGCGAGGUCAUUGUCACCAGCAAGAAGGAGCCCGGCUUUAUCAAGAAGGCGGAGUCGGAGGAGCUGGAGACGCCGAAGCCGCAGGUGAAGCUGAGGCGGGCGGUGUCCGAGGUGGUCCGGCCCGCCUCCACCCCUCCCAUCAUCGCCUCGGCCGUCAAGGACGACGACGACGAGGACCGGAUCAUCGCCGAGCUGGAGAGCGGUGGCGUCUCCAUCCCGGCCAUGAAGGUGGUGAAUCCGGCGUCGCGGCUGAAGCAGGGCCAGCAGGGCAGCCCCGACAAGGGCAAGCACAUCAAGCAGCGCAUGGAGUACAUGCGGAUCCAGGGCCAGCAGCAGGCCACUAGACCAUCUAAAGAGGCCAGUGAGACCUCCCCCACGGUCUCAGAAAAGCCCGCAGCUGGCAGAACAUCCAUCCCCGUAUUGACUUCCUUUGGGGCCAGGAACUCCUCCAUCUCAUUCUGAGCGCCCCUGCCAGCUCCGCCCGGCUCCUCCUCUCUUCCUCGGGCUCCUCUUCCUCCCUGGGACUUGGCUUCUCCUUGAGGCGCUCUGGAGGGAAUCCGCCACCUCUGUCCCCUCCUCUUUCUGUUCGAUCCAUGUUUUUGUCGCCUCCGCUCCGCCAAAAGAACUUUUGUUGUGUCGCCUGUGCCGCGCCUCGGCCCGACGUGUGUGUCCCCUCCUCUCCGCCAUGGCCAACCAGCC